UGCUGCGUAUUUCCCCUCCAGGUGGCCUCCGCCGCCACCCAGCAGCCAGUUAGUGGACGGAAGGCUUUUAAAGAUCCCUGCAGGGAAACUGGGUCAGCAGCAGCAGCAGCAGCAGCAGCAGCAGAGAGCAGAAUCAGACCAUAUAUAUAAAUCAAGAAAUUAUUUCAGAAAAAGGUGAACAUGUGGAGACAAACAACAGCGCAGAGCGUGCAUCUUGAGACAAGAAAAGGCCUUUUUUGUCUAUUCCCGGACAACAGAGAAAAGAGAGAAUGACCCUGUAUGUGCAGAAAAUAUGAGGAAAAAUCAUAAAUACAGAAAAAUAUACACACACAACUAUAAAGAGACAGUUUAUUUCCCAGUGUAAACACACCACUGUAUAACACACACCCAUCCCCCCUCAUCCAGCCUGAAGUGCUCCAUAGAAGGUGAAACACGUGCAUGAAGCGCCCCCUGCAGGCGCAUCCGGGUAUCGCCCAGAAGAAGGAAACACGUAUAUUGUCUCCAGAGGAAGAUCUCUGGCGACACCAAGCGGACAGACUUGGAAUCUGCUCUUCCUGCUGGCCUCUCCAUCUUCUCUCUUCUCCAUGUUGAUAUAAAAUGGUGGUGAAAUGACGAUGGAUCUGGUGUUUGUCCUCUUAUGAGGAAGGGAUCUCAUGAAGGGGUUUAUAGCUGACACCCUCAUAACACAGUAUGAAAUGCAGUUAUUCUGUGCUUUGUGUGACUUUUUCUUUCUUUUUCCCAUAAUAGCCAGUUACAUAAUAUUCUGGCUCAUAGCUGCUGUGGACGUGUUUGGUUCUCCAGGUGUCAUUUUCUGACUUACAGUACUUACAUGCCUGAGACUGGAGGUUUGUUUUUAAUGGUGUGGUGAUUAGUACAACAGUGACCUUUGCUGAACUGAAGGCCUCCAUGCUCGUCAUACAGCAGGUUUGCCAGAGAGCAUGUUUACUGCUGUUUUUGUGAUGAAAUAUGAACAAUACGAAUAAAAAUGGUGCCUACAGUAAAAUAUUGCGUACAUGGCUUUGGUCUAAUUAACCAUGUGAAGGCAGGGGGCGUGGUUGUGUGAGGUGCAUCAGCCUCGCGAGCAGGUUUCACUCUUCAGUUUCCUCAUGGAAAAAAAAACUAAAAUAUGAGCUAACUGUGCAGAAUUCGUGAGUUUUGAGUGUUUUGGUUCACGCAGCCAUGCGGGGCAGCUGGGGGGCGCGCGCGGCAGGAUGAAAAUGUUGCGCGUUCAAGGAAGGGAAAAAAAUAUUCUCUCGCGCUGCGGAGUCUGCGCAGUGGCGUUCUUCUCGUCACUCCGAACUUUCGGGAGAAUCACACGGAGGAAGGAGGGGAGGGAGAGGACAACGCCAUUUUCCUGGCCCUUCGCAGGUGUCUUUGGUCCAGACUGGCAGGUGAAUCAGGACGAGACGAUCCUGGAGGGAGGUGAAAUUGGACUCAGUGUCACACUGAGUUGUAUCGGGCCGUCAGUAGAAGAGGUGGAGGUGCAGCCAUGUCGGCCCCGUGGCGUGAUGAAGAUGACGAGUUAAAGACGGGAGGAGUGAAAGGAGGGUUGAAGGCCAAACCGAGGUUCUCCUUCACUGAGGUCAAAAUGCUGCUGGAGGCUGUGAAGAGGAACCGAUACAUCAUCCUCAGGAAGUUUAACCAGGGAGUGUCGGCUGAAGCCAAGAAACAGACGUGGGCUGAGAUCACGAAUCAGAUCAACGGUCUGGGAGAGAAUCACAGAGAGGUGCGUCAGAUCAUGAAGAAGUGGGCUGACCUCAAAUGUGAUGGAAAGCGACGCAUCGUGGCCCUCCGGGGGCCGAAUGGCAGCAACAUGAGGAAGAAGAAUUUGGGCCCUGUGGAGAGGAUGGUCCAUAAGAUACUGAUGAUGAGUCCUCAAGGAGAUGGUGGCAGUGAACCCGAGUUUGGCGAAGAAGAGGAUUUUUCAGGGCUUUACAGUAAAGGGCCAAUCUCUAACCCUAGUAGCUACUCCUACCUCAACCUGACAGACUCCUCGUACUCCUUACCUGGAGGAUCCUCCUUCGACAUUUCUCCUCUCUCCUCACCAGAGAAAGAACUUGGCGACCCGUUCCAUUCCUCCUCUGACUUUGACUUGGACCUGGCUGAGGACGGAGAUCGUACGAUGGAUUUUGACGAAAACGACGAUUCCAUGCUCUCGUACCCUUCUAAUCUUGCCCCGCCCGCCUCCGCCUCCCUGGACCCCCUGCCUGACGACGUCACGCCGAGGGUCAAGCCGGUCCACACGUACUCCAGAAAUAACAGCAACCAGAACCACACCACACCCUCCAAACCUCCACCUGGACCCUCUUCCUCUGUGGCCUCCACCUCCUCUGUGUUCCCCUCUGAUGCUGACACCGCCUCAUCCUCUGCUGCGCCUCCCCCAUCACACUCCCCCUCAAGCUCCACCCUCACUGCCUCCUCUGUUCCUGCAUCUUCCUCCUCGUCCUCCUCCUCACUCCCCACCCCACCUGCCUCGUCCUCUAAAUCUGAUGCAGCCAAUGACUCUCGCCCCGCGGCCUCCACUUCCUCACUCCCACCACCUCCUGCUCCCCCCGUGUCCUCCUCUGCUGCUCCCUCCUCCAACUCCUCAGGCUCAAAUCCAUGUGACCCUCUCCCAGCCGGAGCGUCCUCCCGCAGGGCCCAGGACCACGUGGCCCAGAUGGCCUCUCAGAGCCUCCAGCAGCAGCGGGCCAGCAGGAUGCUCCUGACCUCGGUGUCUCAGUCUCUGGAGAUGUUGGCUCAGUCGGUCCAGCUGCUGGUGGAGAGCCAGCAGGAGUUUGUGCAGGAGUCUCUGCUGCUGCAGAGGGAGACGGUGGACAUCCUGAGAGACUUCUCCAACACCACGCUCACCAUGCUGAGAGACAAAACCAACGCAGGACAGCUGGCAACACAUCAUCAUCAUCAUCACCCAGCUUCACGCUUCUGAAAACAGAGAGAAACAAACUUUUAGUUUGGAUUUCAACAUGAGCAGGAUGUGAAGAAAGUCUGUCAACCACCACGUGGAGUCCCUCUGAUUUAAUCACCCAUCACGUCAGUAAACAUCAGGAAAGAGACGGACCAUAUUUGACUUUUGUAGCCGGUGUGGCUGCUGGACAGAAAAGUUGCUUUCCAUCCCUGAAAGUGGGAUAAAAUGUUUGCUCAAAGGCACACAGGUGGCACAAACACAUGCAGUCUGAGGGAAUGAGGUGGGGAGUGAAAACUCAGUGUAAAAGCUGAUGAGGUCUGUUAUUUUUCUGUUUAAUUUCAUUAUUGGAGUCCUUGAUUGUUGUUUUUUUUUUUUAUUUUAUUGAAUACAUUUUUGACCAAGAUAUCAAAACAAUGAUAACUAAACAAAUGAUUCAGACACUGAGGAACAUUUAGAGGAAGUUUUUCAAGCAUCUCACUGAAUGCAGAUAACAGGAGACGGUUCAGUCCGGUUAGCUACGAGCACAUAAUGAGUUUUGGCUGUUACUCCAUGUCCUGUUUUUUUGUUACUCCUGCCCAGUCUGGAUAACCAAAGACGCUCCAUUACAUCGGUGUUUUCUUUCUUAUUUGGGUUUUAUUAGCUUCGUCAGUACAGCUAGCUUCUGAGCUGAUCACCCGGCCUGCAGAUGUAUGUCGGCGGUGACGAGAGACCCGACCCUUGUACAGGGCAGCUGCUGUUACUGCUGUGUGCAGAUUGUGAUCGUUGAUGAUAGUUUAAGCUCCUGUGUAUAAAAUCAACAGGGAAACUAGAACUUGCUCGGGUUGAAUACACCGGUUCUGCGUUAUCCGCAGUAACGUCUUCUGUACGGCUGCAUCGUCACUACGCAGGAUAAUCGUCUCGUGGGUCACAUCUCUUCCCGCUGAAUCGAGUCUUGAUUGACGGCUGAAUGUUUUCUUUUCUGAUUAUCUUGAUGAAAAUCUGCCAGCAGAAACAUGGAGCUGUAGGCCACGAUAUCUCGGGUUAAUGUGCCUGAAUCUUUUUUUUUUUUGCCCUCUGUACUUCAUGUUUGUAAUGAAAUUGUGUUUCAAGCCCAUAUGUAAAAUUCUCCACAAACACAGACCAGAUUGUGGUGAUGUGUGGAGAAGAAACAAACAUAAACUAGAUCCCGUCCACUGCGUCGUUUCACAUACUUUACUUCCUGGAUCACUGAAUGAAAGAAAAUGUACUGUAACAUGUCGGGAGAACAUAAAAGUUCUAAUAGUAAAGUUUGCCGUUAGCUAACAGAUGACUUUACUUCUUCUGUGGUUUGAUCAUCUGGAGGGAGUUUGAACAAGCUAAAAUAAUCCCAAAAUGUAAAGUAAACACUAAUGAUCGAGUUCUGAAGAAAGUCUUCCUCAUAAAAUCCCCAAAUAUUCAAACUCUUUAAAACAAUAUUUUGUUAACAGUUUAAAUGUGGUGGUUUGUUUGGGGCUUUGUAUCCUGUCGACCUGUGACAACUGAUGUUUACAACUGAAGCUGAACAGUGCUUGAACAUUAAAUCUACAGUAAAUACAAUAAAAUGAAUAACAGGAGAUGGACUGACAUAAAUCCUGCUUUGAAAAAAGUUUAAGAUUUAUUUUUAAUCAACUAACGACUUUGUGUCAAACUCACUGUUACUUUUACAACCUGGAUUUUGUUGAAAGCUCUCUACAAACUAUCUCUUUGGCUUCUGAUGUUGUUUUUUAAUGAUGUGCCGUUUCAAAACUAUUAAAUAUGGAGGUGGGACUUGACUUCUAGCCGAAGCUGUGACGGAACAAGGUGAAUUUUCUAACGUAGAGUUAACGCAGAAUAAAACUUGAGCUAACAUCGUCAGCAUCCUUUAACCGGUCACGCAUCAACUUUCUAUUUACUUUACGAGUGAUUGUGGAAAUACAUGUUUCAGUGGUUUCAAAUAUAUACAAAAUAGCAGUUUAUGAAAAAUACUGGUGUAUGUACGUGCACCUAUGCAGUUCUCAUGCUCUCGAACAGACCAAUGGAGGAACAGACACGACUGAGCCUAGAAACAGUUUGGUUCAUGUAAAUGUUAAUUAUUUCGGGUGUUUGCUGUCUGACUGACUGACUGACUGACCAAACGACUCUGCUGUGACUCCAGGCUGUGUGAUGUUUCCUACAACCAAAUCCUGAGAAUAAAGAUUUUAUUAUUAAACGAGGA